AACGCAACCAAGUAUGCGAUGUCCUUUACAUGUUUCCGUAGUUAUUAUGCGAUGUACAUCUUUCACAUUUUCAGUUAUGAGCGAAUUAUUUGCCGCUUGGAGGAAACUCGUGUAAAAAGUGUAAAUAUUUAACCAGCAGAGAUGAGUGACAUCCGGCGUGCAUUGCUGCGGCGUGAUCCGCUGAGUGCAGCUAAAGAGGUUCUGUAUCACCUGGAUAUCUCAUUGGGUAGCGUGCUGCAGAGCUCCACAGGUCCCACACCUGGACUGGAGAAGGCCACCAUAGAUCUGGUGGAGGAGUUUAUAUUUCACGUCCCUAAAGACAGGAACACCCAGCCAAAGAGGAUGAGCUGCAUUCAGGAGCUGCAGCUGCUGGAAAUCAUGUGCAGUUAUUUCCAGGAGCAGAGCAAAGACGCCAUCCGACAGAUAAUUUUCUCCGCCCUCUUCAGUCUCCAAGGCAACAAGGCGGAUGAGAGCCGCAUGGCCAUGCUUGGGAAGCUGGUCUCUAUGGCGAUAGCUGUAUGUCGGGUGCCCAUACUAGAAUGUGCAGCUAUCUGGCUACAGCGCACACACUCUGCAUGGUGUGUCCGGUUGGCUCAGGUUUUAAUGGACGAUUACUGCACGCUGGUGCCCAGUGCCAUCUCUACACUUCAGAACAUCUGUUCAGCCAGCCCUCGAUUCUGCUGUCAGCUCAUCACUGCUGUGACAGUCCUAUAUGAUUUCUCCUCAGAUGAUCUGACUCCGCCUCCUCCACUGUUGGAGAUGCUGGUUGGUUGGAUCACGGAAGAUCCCAGACUUUUGCUCCUCACCUUCAUCAACACGCCCCUCAAUUCCAGCCUGCCAUUGGGUUGCCUUGAAAUCACACCUCUUUUGGGACUACUCAGAUGGUGUGUGAAAGCCCCUUUAGCCCAUCAGAGAGCCCGAAAGCCGGCUUUGACCAAUGGCCAUGAAGAAAGUGAAAAAGGGUCGGCGGUGAAUGAAGAGCUGUACUCUAAACUACACCUGAGUGUUCUAAAAGUCCUUCUCAUGCUACAGGUCCACCUGACAGACCAGAAUCUGAUUGGUCGGCUUGCCGUGCUGCCUGUCGAGUCUGUUGCCGCGCUGGUAGAGGAAGUCGGUCGUCUCUGUGAGAAACUCGCGCCACAACCUGCUGCCAAUCACAUCCAGCUGGCUCUGGAUAGGCUGGCACAAGCCCUUCAGGUCGCCAUGGCAACAGGAGCCCUUCUGUGCGCCAGGGAGGACCUACGGACUUUGUGUUCCAGACUUCCUCACAAUAAUCUGUUACAACUAGUGAUGUCCGGUCCAGUCGUACAGCCUCCACCUCACGGAGGACCUUUCCAGCCCAACAUGUACCCCCACAUCCAUCCCGGCCGGUCCUCUACUCACAGCCCACAUCAAUCUGCCAUUCCCUCCCCACACAGUCCACACCCUGUCCUGUCACCACAUCCAGCACUGUCUCCGCAUCGCCCGCUAACACCUCACGCCCCACACCCCACUUUAUCUCCACACGCCUUCCAUCCUGCAGCCGUGGCCUUUCCGUACCGGCCCAUUCGCUGAUCAGGGCACAAAGACUUCCCGCUUCCUCUUGGCAAGAGAACUUAAUAUUUUGUACGAUUUUCAUCAACAUGAACUACUGCAAGAAAUUCUUCAACCUCACUUGGAAAUGUUCACUAUAAACAGAUAUUGUUUAUGGCACGCUGUGUUGUUUUUUUGUUUUGCUUGUUAGGUUGGAUCCUGUGUAGCAUACAUUGGGAUUCAUUAAAUCUUUAUUUUACAUCACACUUGUACAGAUUGGAUAAAAUGAAUUUCAGCUAAAAUGCAGCCAUAGCUUUUAACAAAAUUGUUGUAUAACCUUGAAAUAUAUUUUUGGAAAAAUGAUUUGUUCUUAUUAGGAUGUGGUUCAUUUGCAGGCAACAAGUGCAGUUUUUGGCCCUGAUAGAAAAAUUACUUUGGUUUUAAAUUAAAUGAAACAGAAAAUACCAGUUAAGUAAAUCUAUUCAUCAAAUAUUAAUUUGCAUGUGGUAGAUUGUUAUGGAUUUACAGCAGAAUGAGGAAAAAUUAUAAUAGUACAUUUAUUUUUUUCAAAUGUGUUACUAAUAAAAACCUCUUAACAGCCUACUGUAAAUAAAUUUUUACAUAAAUUUUUGUAUUAAGUUCAUUUUAGGUCAGUAUAGGUAAUACGGUAUUACCCAUACUGACCUAAAAUGAACUUCGUACAAAAAUUAUUACUAACACCCUCACUUUGUAUUUGACAUUUGUCUCCUAACCAGGCAUAAUGUGAAAAAAUGUUAAGCAAAAAAAUUUAGCUGAUUAUUUUUAUUCUGUGUCCUUGUACUGUGUAGCCCACACUGAAAUCU